UAUAAAAACACUAUAGUGAGCAAUAUUGCCAUCAAAGAGGAUAAGCUUCGCCGAGGCAAAGGCCGAAAGGGUCGCUCGAUUGCACGCAUCUAAAGGAGAGAAAGAAAGAGUGAGAGGUGGAGUGGAUGCUUGGGCAGCGUGACCUAGGAGGUAGCAGAUUUGGAGAAGUCUUUGAAGGCCGAGGACGACGGCAGUCGGUGACCUUGCGAGUUGCGACCGGACGAGCGGCGGAUCUCGGCCGAUGGAGGAGGAGUACGUGCAGAGAUACCACAGGCACGAGCCCGGAGAUAACCAGUGUAGCUCCACUCUCGUCAAGCACAUCAGGGCUCCUGUCCAUCUCGUUUGGUCAUUGGUGAGACGAUUUGACCAGCCACAGAAGUAUAAACCCUUCGUAAGCAGAUGUGUGGCGCAGGGUGAUUUCGAGAUCGGCAGUGUCCGAGAAGUAAAUGUCAAAUCGGGGCUGCCGGCCACAACCAGCACGGAGAGAUUGGAGCUACUAGAUGACAAGGAACACGUCCUCAGUGUUAAGAUUGUGGGAGGAGAUCACAGACUAAAGAAUUACUGCUCCAUUAUCACUGUCCAUCCAGUGGUGAUUGAUGGGAGACCAGGCACUCUGGUCAUAGAAUCCUUUGUAGUCGAUGUGCCCGACGGCAACACCAAGGACGAAACCUGUUACUUCGUGGAGGCGUUGAUUAACUGCAACCUAAAAUCUUUGGCCGAUGUCUGUGAGCGUUUGGUGGCACAACCCAAGGUGCAACACAUGACUGACAAGGUAAGGGGGGAACAUGAGGCUUGCAGGAUGAAGUGCCAAGAUCUAGAUAAGUGAAUUUUAAGAAAUUUUUGGUGUGUAAAUAUACAAGAAUGCUUCGACUUUUUUGGUGUUGCAGCUAGAAAAAAAAGUGGUGUUUGGUGGAUAGCAUCGUAAAGCAAGGGAGCCAUGGACACUUGAGCAUUACCGGACAAAAUUGUCCCCAGGUUCUUUGGCGUGAUUUAAUUAUCUUUUGGCAGUCAGCUGCAUGGUGUCGUUCCAAUUGCAAUGCAAUAAAUGGCCAGAUUCAUUGUAAGAGGAGGAGAGUCGCUGCUUCUGCUGGAUGUGACAGAUUCAUUGUAAGAAGACCACGUGACUCUACUUAUUGGAGAAUCUCAUCUUGAUGAUCGAUCGAGAAUUGUGGCUAUCGAUUCAUGUCUUCGACUCUGUUUAUUGGGACCGCCAGUAUUGGCGAGUUGUCUGCAGGAUUUGACCACUAUUGUACUGUAUUACCUCACGUAAUUAAUAUUCGCUUUUUUGGGGCAUCAGAAAGAA